CUCAAGGCGGGCGGAAGCGUGAACUUGAUAGUCUAAGUGUCGGGAAGGCCGGGUCGCGUCACUGUGGAGAAAGGGGCGGGACCCGAUGUGUAUUGCCGGAAGCGAGGGCUGUUUUCAGCACCGGAAGUACAGCGGCAGGGGCUGAAUGGCUUAAGCGUCCUGGCUAGAACUCUGUGAGAGGCCGUGAUGGCGAGCUCGGCAGCCGCAGUCCGCUUCCUCGCUCCGCCUCUGGAGCAGCUCCGGCUCUUGGCAGUGGAGCUGCGGUCGCUUCUGCCUGGAGUGCGGGUCGGCGAAGCCCAGGAGACGACCCAGCAUUUUAAUCGAGAGUUGUUUUGGAGAAGACUUAAUGAGGCCGCGGUGAAAGUGUCGGGGGAAGUCACGCUUCUGAGCACUCUCUUCUCCCGACUUCCACUGCCAUCUCCACAGGAAACUCAGAGGAUCUGUGAGCACAUCUAUAUUGCCAUCAAGGAAAUUAUUGCAAUAUAUUAUUCACUUCCUAAGGAUCAGGGGAUCACCCUGAGAAAGCUGGUACGGAAUGCUACUCUGGACAUUGUGGAUGGCAUGGCUCAGCUCCUGGAAGUGCUUAUCUCUCCAUCUCACAGCAUUGAGAACAGUGACCUUAUUUCCUGCAAUAGUGUCUCAGUAGCGUGCCAACAGGUGCCUGAGAUUCCAAAAGAUAACAAAGCUGCAGCCCUUUUGAUGCUGACAAAGAGUAUGGAGCUUGUGAAAGAUGCACAUGAAGAGAUGGAACAGGCUAUAGAAGAAUGUGACCCUUACUACGGCCUCUUGAAUGAUUCUGAGGACAACUCUGACAGCCACAAUGAUGAGGAUGCUGUAUUAGGGCUUCCAAGCAAUCGGGACUCAUACUGGUCACAGGAAGAUCAAGAUCUCAUAACCCCGUGCCUUGCAUUGGUGAGAGCAUCCAGAGCUUCCCUCAAGAAAAUCCGGAUUUUAGUGGCCGAGAAUGGGAAGAAGGAGCAGGUAUCCCAGCUGGAUGACAUUGUAGACAUUUCUGAUGAGAUCAGCCCCAGUGUGGAUGAUUUGGUUCUGAGCAUAUAUCCACCUGUGUGUCACCUCACUGUGCGGAUCAAUUCUGCGAAAUUGGUGUCUGUUUUAAUAAAGGCGCUUGAAAUUACAAAGACAAGUCAUGUGACCCCCCAGCCAGAAGAUAGCUGGAUCCCUUUACUCAUGAAUGCCGUGGAUCACUGCAUGAGCAGAGUUAAGCAGCUCACUCAGCAUGCAGCUGCAUUGUGAGCUCCCAGGCCAUUCUUACUCCUCCUCCUCCUCCUGCUCCCACAGCCAAGAUCCAGUGUCUGCUUUUAUUUAUUUAUUUUUAUUUUUUUUCCCUGUGUCUGCUUUUAGGAGUGGAGCUAUGCUAGGGUGCUUGCUGGAUAGAAAGGAAACUCCUGACUGUAUUUCACAAGAGCUUCUUACCAAGAUUGUAGGCUAGGACAGAUUGGCAGUUAUCUAUAAAUCAUACGAGUGUGAUAUGCUUCUAUGCUAGACACAAAAGAAAUUUGUGUAAAUUUGUGCUCUCAGCUAUUUCUUGGAAAUUAUUAAGGGAGUUGUCCUAUUCUCUAUUUUACAGUAAAGUAUAUUGUUUUAUUAAGAUUUUGAUGAUCUCAAUAAAAUGUAACUUAUGCAACUAAAUGUGUCAUUUAA